CAACAAUACAUUUACCAUAUGGAAAAGUUAUAGAAAAUCUAGAAUAUCAUCAAAAGCCUAAUGAUAGUAGUAGUGAUAUUAGUAGUAUGUAGUAUUAUUAGUAGUAUUAAUAGUAGUAUUGGGGAUUUGUUUAAACCACGAAAUAUAUCUGCAUUGAAAAAGAAAACUGUAGCAUGGAUUGUAAGUAAUUGUCAUCCGAAGAGCCCAAGAAAUUUAUACGCUUAUGAGUUAUCAAAAUAUAUCACUGUUGAUAUAUACGGUAAAUGUAGUCAAAGAAAAUGUCAAGAUUCAAAAUGUCAUAAAAUGUUAAAAGAACAAUACAAAUUCUAUUUAAGUUUUGAAAAUUCUCUUUGUCAAGAUUAUAUAACAGAAAAAUUUUUUGAAAACGCUUUGAUGAAUGAUGUUAUACCAGUUGUAAUGGGUGCAUCAAUUGAAGAAUACAAGAGUGUAGCACCACCGAAUUCUUUCAUACAUGUUGAUCAGUUUUCUAGUCCAAGACAAUUAGCUGAAUAUUUACAUUAUCUAGACAAAAAUCAUACAGCAUUUAAUGAAUAUUUCAUUUGGCAGAAUAAAUGGAAAGUAUUAUCAUUUCCUGGACGACCAGAAUGUGAUUUUUGUUUAUUGGCUAAUGCUUUGCCUAGUCUCAAACCGUCUUGGUAUAGUGAUAUUAAUUCAUGGUUUGACAAAAGUUGUCAAGAAAGGAAGCUGAAAUGGAAAGGAAGCCAAAAAGAUUUCUCUGCAGCUAUUUGGUUUUCUAAUUUAAAACAAAAUAAGAACCCUGUACCUACAUUGACCAGUUCAUAA